UCUUUUUGAGUCUUUGAUAAUACUCUCACCAAUAUUCUCUCCCCCUCAGUCGUCACUCGUCAAAUACGUCAACUUGAUUUCCCCCCUUUCCCGUUUUGCCCCCUUCUCGGUCUCCACCACCGGCAACCACCACCACCACCGCCACCAUCGGUGUCGCUACUUCCAACGUGCAGCAGUGACCUCUAUGUAUUGCAAGAAAAUCCGGUUCUUAGGGUUUCUCUUCAGCUCUGUGUUAAUCCUCGGCGCCGGUUAAUUUAGCUUGAGAAGCGUGAAUCAAUGAUAGUAAUUGUCGCGAUUUUAUUAAUUUUCGGUGUUGUAGUCCGCCACAAGUGGAGGAAUGCGGCAGCCAAGAAGGAAGAGAUUUUGAGGCUUGUGGCUAUGGCCUCCGAAGAGGAGGCGGAAAUUGCGAAGCUACAAGCAGUGGAUGGCUAUAGUUAUACUCCGCCUCCUCCUCCUCCUCCGCCGUCACCACCGCCACCGCCGCUUGAAAAGCGGUGUUAUUGUGCUGUUUGUUACCGCCCCACUACCACUAGGUGUUCUCAGUGUAAAGCUGUCAGAUACUGUUCUGGUAAGUGUCAAAUAAUUCACUGGAGACAAGGUCACAAGGAUGACUGCCGGCCAGCAACUUCGUUGCAUGCUACCAAGGAAAGUAAACGUGUUCUGGAAAUACAUUUGGAUAAUCAUGUUGGGAUCCCUUUCAACAAUGAAGUUGAAAUUCGUUCUGAUCGCGCACCAGAAGUUGAUGAUUCUGGAUCUUCAAGUAGCUCAUUGCCUUGCAUUUCUACUUCCACUGAACGAAGCGAAACAUCAUUUGACGCAUCAGUCAGUGAGGAUCUUGAGUCAGAAACUGUUAGCAGCCCAGAUAAAGUGGCUUCUGAAGGUAUCAAGUCUCACAUGUUGCAAACUAUCUCUGAUCCUGACAAGACAGAUGCCCCAAGCCUAUACCCCCUGAAUUCUACUGUUUAUACAGUAAACAAGACACUGAAGGCUAACAAGAUAAACAAGAAACUGGCUACUAAAACUGAUGAAAACUUCCAGUCAACAAGCUUCAAAGAUAAAGUAAGUCGCAAUGGAGCGGCUGUGUUACAAGAGUUUGUCCUGGAUGCAACUGAGUUGAGGAGUCCUCAGUCAUCUAGUUCUUUACAGGCAGUUUCUUCAGUGGAAAAUGGCGAAAAUCAAGAACAUCAAUCUAGUGGUAAAGUGAUGAAAUCCAUAUAUUCUAGGGGAUCAGGUAAUCCUAAUCAAGUGUCUAGUGUUGAGCUAAGGAAUUCGCAGUGCUCGAAAUCUUUGAGCACAUCUUCUUCAAAUGAAUAUUGGAAAAAUGAAGCACAAUUGUGUACAGCUAAAGAAACAAGAUCAAUGUCUUUUAGAAGUUCACUGAACGAUCAAAAUAUGUAUACUGAAGCUGGGAGCCUGCAUUCAGAAAUCAAAGAUGUCCGAAUGCUGGCACAACCUACCAGCAAAGGUUUGAAAACAUCAGUUCGGAAAUUUGUACAGCAUUUUAGAGUACCAAAGCAGCCAAAGUCCUUCACAUUUGACAUGGGGAAGGACUCUGCUGGAACCUACAACCACAAGAUCGUAUUUCCACCCAAGCUUUUCAUGCAGUUGUAUUCAUGUGAUGGUAUGAAACUUCACCCUUUUGGCCUUGUGAAUUGUGGAAAUAGCUGUUAUGCGAAUGCAGUGCUGCAGUGUCUGAUCUUUACUCGGCCAUUAACUUCUUAUUUGCUUCAGCGAUUGCAUUCUAAAACAUGUCGCAAGAGGGAUUGGUGCCUUAUAUGUGAGUUUGAACGUCUGAUCCAGAAGGGGCAAGAAAUGAACUCGCCUUUCUCUCCAGUUGGAAUAUUGUCUCAGAUACAAAAGAUUGGAAGUCAUCUAAGUCAUGGAAGAGAAGAAGAUGCACAUGACUUUUUGAGAAAUGUGGUAGAUAGAAUGCAAUCUAUAUGGCUUGAAGAAGCUGGUGUUUCUGGCCAAUGGGUUGAAGAUUCGACUCUUCUGGGUCUUACUUUUGGGGGUUAUCUUCGAUCGAAGAUUAAGUGCAUGAAGUGUUCAGUUAGAUCUGAGCAAUGUGACCGGAUGAUGGAUCUUACUGUGGAGAUAAAUGGGGAUAUCAAUACGCUUGAAGAGGCUCUUACACAGUUCACUGUUUCUGAAACACUAGGUGGAGAUGAUAAGUAUAAGUGCAGCAGAUGCAAGUCUUAUCAGAAAGCUAAGAAGAAAUUGACAAUACUUGACGCUCCUAACAUACUUACAAUUGUUCUGAAGCGAUUUCGGUCAGGCAACUUAGAAAAGCUGAAUAAGCUAGUUCAGUUCCCAGAGAUUCUGAAUCUUGCUCCUUAUAUGAGUGGAAUGAGUGACAAAUACCCUAUAUAUGAUCUCUAUGCAGUUGUGGUUCACUUGAAUGCGAUGAAUGCUGCCUACACUGGUCACUACAUAUGUUAUGUCAAAGAUUUCCGCAGAGAAUGGUUUAGAAUUGAUGACAGCAGAGUGACCCAUGUGGACCUGGAGACUGUGUUAUCCGCAGAAGCAUAUAUUCUCUUCUAUGCAAGGCGUACACUACGACUUCCAUCUCUGGUCACAAACAGCAAUGUGUAUUCUGAUGGGAAAACCACGAGGACCAUGGAAGCCAUUUCUACGAGUAUAAGUGCUAAGAAGAAAAACUCCAAGUCCAGAUCAAGCGAUUCUGAUUGGUAUAGAGACUCAAAAAUGGUGCAUCAACGCUCUGAGAGACACUCCUAUCAGCUGCCUCCUAAUGAUUACACUGGCAACAAUAUACUGGGUCCUGACAAUUGGCAUUUUCACUCUAACCAUAGAAAUUCUAUGGUGGAUUCAUCAAGUGAUUGUUCGUCCAUUUUCAGUGCAUCAGAUGCCGGCUCCUAUAGCACAGAUAGCACGAAGGAUUCAAGCGCAGAGGACAUUUCUGGCUAUAUAUUUGGGUCCAGCUUGUACCACCGCUAGGACCUGAGGCCAUCAGAGAAUUAAUCGAGUUCUGGGGGAUGCUGGUAUUGCAUACAGAUGUUCAUUGGCGCGAUGAAGCUUCAUGGGAACAUCAUGAGAGAGAAGAGAGAGAGGGAAGGGACUUCCCCAUGUAUACUAAGACUGCUUAAGAAUUAGAUAAUCACCCAGUUUUAACAGUUGUAUUAGUAGAUAAAACAUCGGCACAACCCUUUCGAUGCCCUUAUGUUCCCCCUAAAGGGGGAAGUAUUAUAGAAGAGAGCAACUCAAACAUUUUUCUUGGCGUUUGAGUUGUGAUAAGCUAGAGGCUGUAAAUCCUUUGAGCUAUUUGUAUUUUACAAAACUGGUUAAAAUUGCCAUAUAUCUAUAGAAGCCCUCUGGAGCCCCUCUGGAGCCCUUUUUGAAUCAUUAUGAAAAAUGUUACAUAGUGGUA